AUGUUGAUGGUGCCGAUGAAAUUUGCACGAGCACAUUUGCGCAGGCUGCAUGCACUGCAGCCAACACCUACUUUUGCUAUCGAAUGCUCUCUUCCAUUCUUGUGUGCGUGGCGGGCAAUGAAACACCGCUCGUUGGCCCCGGAUGACCCGUUUGGCGAACGUUCGACUUUCAGUGAUCCCUCCGACGGAUUGUUUGCCGCUUGGAGCGGUGUGGACUUUAACGCCUUCGCCGACGCCGCAUCCAGCGACGAAGUGCGUACGGCCCACUUUGGGCCAGAAUGGUCGCGAUUUGCGACGGUGGGUCGGCUGUCUGUCAAGAUCAUGAGGGAGCAAGGGACUCCGGGAGUGGCGUCUGCCGUUUCCUCCAAGGGCGGCAACAAGGUACUGCCGCGCCCGCCCACCGCAGAGGAGCUGCACUCACGGGAACUGCAGGCACGGAGGAAGGCACUUGAAGGGAACUACGCCACCUACGAGCAGUACGUGAUGAAGGAACUUGGCAUUGAAGACGGGGGUAAUGAAGACGAGCACAUGGAGGAGGAAAUGGAUGACGCAACAGAGGUGGCGAAUGCAUCCGAGGAAAGCAUGCCGCUUCCGCAUUUCAUGGUGGAGAGAGGAGAAGGGCAGGCGCACGCAAACGACACGAAUAAACAAGAAUCCACGAACGGCAAGCCGCUCCUGCGUACUCGAGAGGGGCUGCAGGUACCGGAACCGUUGAUGCAAAUGAUCCUUGACGCGUUGGGUGAACCUCACGGCGACCGGCACUUACCCCGCUCCGAUCCGUUACACUGGAAUACGGAGGUGGUCAUCCUAUGGGUUAGAAAGCUGGAGGCGGCACGGUUUGCUCUAGUGUCUGCCGCGGGGACGGGGGAAGCAUCGUUAUUGGAGGCACCGCUGAUGGAGGAUCCGUCCAUGCACGAGGCCUUCCGUAUGGCAAGGACGAACGGGAAGUUUUUAUUGCACCACACAGUGCCGAACACAAUGUUCCAGGUGAUGCGGCGGUGGUACUUGCGGCGGCAGGAAAUCGCCUUGACGUUCAUGAAGGAGCGGCAGGAAAUGAAGAACACCACAAGUAUUAGCAAGGACGACGUCAAUGAUGCCACUUUCAAAAGUGCUUUGGAAGCUGGCAGGGCAAAACUGGACGAGUUGGCUGCAAAAGUUACACCGAUUCUGAUACAGGAGACCAUUUCUCAGUGUUACCCGUAUUGUCACUAG